GGCCGAUUAGAACGUGCCGCCAGAAGUAGUCCGUCCACCGCCGAAUUCUCCAGGAAACGAGAAGAAGAGUGAAGAAACGAAGCAAUAAGGAAAUCCCUUCCCACCCCUCGACACGUGGGAAAACGACGACGUAGAAGGCGCGUAGGCCUUCCUGGGAACAAGAGAACGUUACGAUAGCGAGUCGAGUGAAUUGAUUAAUAGCCGAAAGAGAAACUAAGCGAAGAUGCCGAGACCAGUGCAGCAAGUCGGGGAUGAUCCCGAUCCAACCCCUUACCUGUUCGUCUCCCUCGAGCAGAAGAGAAUCGAUCAGACGAAACCGUACGACGCGAAGAAAGCGUGUUGGGUGCCGGACGAGAAGGAAGGAUACCUCCUUGGUGAAAUAAAGGCCACCAAGGGCGAUGUCGUCACCGUCGGAUUGCCUGGCGGCGAGACCAGGGACUUCAAGAAGGACCAGCUGCAGCAGGUGAACCCGCCGAAGUAUGAGAAAGCCGAGGACAUGUCAAAUUUGACCUACCUCAACGAUGCUUCGGUUCUUCACAAUCUAAAACAACGUUACUACGCCAAACUCAUCUACACUUACUCUGGCCUGUUCUGCGUAGCUAUAAAUCCCUACAAAAGAUUCCCCGUGUACACGUCGAGGUGCGCGAAAUUGUACAGAGGCAAGAGGCGUAAUGAGGUGCCGCCACAUAUUUUCGCCAUUUCCGAUGGAGCGUACGUGAACAUGCUGACCAACAGCGAGAAUCAGUCCAUGUUGAUUACCGGUGAGUCUGGUGCUGGUAAGACUGAGAACACGAAGAAAGUAAUCGCGUACUUCGCCACCGUCGGUGCCUCGACCAAGAAAGCCGACGAGAAGGCAGAGAAGAAAGGUUCCCUGGAGGACCAGGUUGUACAAACCAACCCUGUGCUGGAAGCGUUCGGUAAUGCCAAAACCGUCCGUAAUGACAACUCUUCCCGUUUCGGUAAAUUCAUCCGUAUUCACUUUGGUCCCUCUGGAAAACUGGCUGGUGCGGAUAUCGAGACCUAUCUGCUGGAGAAGGCCCGUGUCAUCUCUCAACAGACUUUGGAACGUUCGUACCACAUCUUCUACCAAAUGAUGUCCGGUUCUGUGAAGGGUUUGAAGGACAUGUGCUGCCUCUCGAACAACAUCCAAGAUUACUACUUCGUCUCUCAAGGGAAAACCACGAUCCCGAACGUCGACGACGGCGAGGAGUGUCUUUUGACCGACCAAGCCUUCGACGUGCUGGGAUUCACCCAAGAGGAGAAGGACGACAUCUACAAGAUCACCGCUGCUGUAAUGCACAUGGGAGGCAUGAAAUUCAAGCAAAGGGGUCGUGAAGAACAGGCUGAAGCUGAUGGAACAGAGGAAGGUGAACGAGUCGCCAAGUUGCUGGGUUGCGACUGUCAGGAUCUUUACAAGAACUUGUUGAAACCGAGGAUCAAGGUCGGUAACGAGUUCGUGACCCAAGGUCGUAACAAGGAUCAAGUGGCGUACUCCGUGGGUGCCAUGUCGAAGGCCAUGUUUGACAGAUUGUUCAAAUGGUUGGUCAAGAAGUGUAACGAAACCCUGGACACCAAACAGAAGAGACAACACUUCAUCGGUGUACUAGAUAUUGCCGGUUUUGAGAUUUUCGACUUCAACAGCUUCGAGCAGCUCUGCAUCAACUUCACCAAUGAGAAGCUUCAACAGUUCUUCAACCACCAUAUGUUCGUCCUCGAACAAGAAGAGUACACGAAGGAGGGCAUUCAGUGGGAGUUCAUAGAUUUUGGCAUGGAUCUCCUCGCGUGUAUUGAACUGAUCGAAAAGCCUAUGGGUAUCUUGUCCAUUCUUGAAGAAGAAUCUAUGUUCCCGAAAGCUACCGACAAGACGUUCGAGGAGAAGUUGAACAACAAUCACCUUGGCAAGAGUCCCAACUUCUUGAAACCAAAACCACCGAAACCAGGCCAACAAGCAGCCCACUUCGCCAUCGGCCAUUAUGCCGGAAACGUCCCGUACAACAUCACCGGUUGGUUGGAGAAGAACAAGGACCCGCUGAACGACACUGUGGUCGAUCAGUACAAGAAAUCAUCCAACAAACUGUUGAUCGAGAUCUUCGCCGACCAUCCUGGACAGUCUGGAGACGCCGGUGGCGGUGGCGGUGGCAAAGGUGGACGUGGUAAGAAGGGUGGUGGUUUCUCGACGGUGUCCUCCUCGUACAGGGAACAGCUGAACAACCUAAUGACCACCCUGAGAGCCACCCAACCCCACUUCGUCCGUUGUAUCAUCCCCAACGAGUUGAAGCAACCGGGUGUGAUAGAUUCCCACCUUGUCAUGCACCAGCUGACUUGUAACGGUGUGCUUGAAGGCAUCCGUAUCUGUCGUAAAGGAUUCCCCAACAGAAUGAUGUAUCCCGACUUCAAGCUACGGUACAAGAUUCUGGCUCCGGCAGCCGUCGAUAAAGUGGCUUCCGACCCGAAGAAAGCCGCGGCGGCCAUUUUGGAAGCGUCAGGCCUCGAUCCCGAUCAGUAUCGUCUUGGACACACCAAGGUAUUCUUCCGUGCCGGAGUCCUGGGUCAGAUGGAGGAGUUCCGUGACGAACGACUCGGCAAGAUCGUGUCCUGGAUGCAGGCCUACAUCAGAGGUUACUUGGCCCGAAACGAUUACAAGAAACUGCAAGAACAGCGUCUGGCGUUGGUGGUCGUACAGAGGAACUUGAGAAAGUACCUGCAACUCCGUACUUGGCCAUGGUGGAAACUCUGGCAGAAAGUCAAGCCUCUCCUCAACGCCACUCGUAUCGAGGACGAGCUUGCUGCGUUCGAAGAGAAAGCGAGAAAGGCGCAGGAGGCUUUCGAGAGGGAAGAAAAGCUGCGCAAGGAGCUCGAGGAACAGAACACGAAAAUAACAGCGGAAAGAAACGCGUUGCAACGGCAGCUGGAUGGCGAGAAAGGCUCCCUAUCAGAAUACAUGGAGAAGUCCCUGAAAUUGGCUGCUCAGAAGGCUGAUCUCGAGUCGCAACUUCAGGAUCUCAACGACAGAUUCAAAGAAGAAGAAGACUCGAGGAACAACCUGUUCCAAAACAAGAAGAAGCUCGAACAGGAGGUGGCAGGCUUGAAGAAGGACAUCGAGGACCUCGAGCUGAAUCUCCAGAAAUCCGAGGCGGACAAGGCGACGAAGGACCACCAGAUCCGCAACUUGAACGACGAGAUCGCCCACCAGGACGAGCUGAUCAACAAACUGAACAAGGAGAAGAAGAACCAAGGCGAGGUGAACCAGAAGACCGGCGAGGAACUCCAGGCAGCCGAAGACAAAGUCAAUCACCUGAACAAAGUCAAACUGAAACUCGAGCAUACUCUCGACGAGCUCGAGGAUUCCCUCGAACGUGAGAAGAAAUCACGAGCUGACGUAGAAAAGGCUAAGAGGAAGGUUGAGGGUGAUUUGAAGCUCACGCAAGAAGCGGUGGCGGACCUCGAGAGGAACAAGAAGGAGCUCGAGCAGACCAUCCAACGCAAGGACAAAGAGCUGUCGUCGUUGACUGCUAAACUCGAGGACGAGCAGUCGUUGGUGGGCAAACUCCAGAAACAGAUCAAGGAGCUGCAAGCGCGCAUCGAGGAGCUCGAGGAAGAGAUCGAAGCUGAACGUGGCUCUCGCGUGAAGGCCGAGAAACAGCGCAGCGACCUUGCACGAGAACUUGAGGAACUUGGCGAACGUCUCGAAGAGGCUGGCGGCGCGACCUCCGCUCAGAUCGAGCUCAACAAAAAGAGGGAGGCCGAGCUUAGCAAACUCCGCAGGGACCUCGAGGAAGCCAACAUUCAGCACGAGGCCACUCUUGCCAGUUUGCGCAAGAAGCACAACGAUGCCGUUGCCGAAAUGGGAGAACAGAUUGACACACUCAACAAGCUCAAGGCCAGGGUUGAGAAGGAGAAGGUCCAAUACUUCAGCGAAUUAAACGACAUGCGAGCGAGCGUCGACCACCUGAGCAACGAAAAGGCCGCCCAAGAGAAGAUCGUGAAGCAGCUGCAGCACCAGUUGAACGAGACCCAGGGCAAACUGGAGGAAGUGAACCGCACUUUGAACGACUUCGACGCCGCCAAGAAGAAGCUGUCGAUCGAGAACAGCGAUCUUCUGCGCCAGCUGGAGGAGGCAGAGUCCCAAGUCAGUCAACUUUCCAAGAUCAAGAUCUCGUUGACGACGCAGCUCGAGGACACGAAACGACUGGCCGACGAGGAGGGAAGGGAACGCGCCACGCUUCUCGGCAAAUUCCGAAACCUGGAACACGACCUGGACAACAUUCGGGAACAAGUCGAGGAGGAGGCAGAGGGCAAGGCGGAUCUGCAGAGGCAGCUGAGCAAGGCGAACGCGGAAGCGCAACUGUGGCGCACGAAAUACGAGUCCGAGGGCGUGGCCAGGGCAGAGGAGCUCGAGGAAGCGAAGAGGAAACUGCAGGCACGAUUGGCGGAAGCCGAGGAGACCAUAGAGUCACUCAACCAGAAGGUGAUCGCUCUCGAGAAGACGAAACAGAGACUGUCGACGGAGGUCGAGGACCUGCAGAUCGAGGUGGAUCGCGCGACAGCGGUUGCCAACGCUGCGGAGAAGAAACAGAAGGCCUUCGACAAGAUUAUCGGCGAAUGGAAGCUCAAGGUCGACGAUCUGGCGGCAGAACUCGACGCCAGCCAGAAGGAAUGCCGCAACUACAGCACGGAACUCUUCAGGCUCAGAGGUGCAUACGAGGAAGGUCAAGAACAAUUGGAGGCUGUACGUCGCGAGAACAAGAACCUCGCGGACGAGGUAAAGGAUCUGUUGGACCAGAUCGGCGAGGGUGGACGCAACAUCCACGAAAUCGAGAAGGCCAGGAAGCGCCUGGAGGCUGAGAAGGAUGAGCUUCAAGCCGCCCUGGAGGAAGCCGAGGCCGCCCUCGAACAAGAGGAGAACAAAGUUCUGCGCAGCCAGCUCGAGCUCAGCCAAGUUCGACAAGAGAUCGACCGUCGCAUCCAGGAGAAAGAAGAGGAAUUCGAGAACACCAGAAAGAACCACCAACGUGCUCUUGACUCCAUGCAAGCGUCCCUCGAAGCGGAAGCCAAGGGUAAAGCCGAGGCACUGCGCAUGAAGAAGAAGCUGGAGGCUGACAUCAAUGAAUUGGAAAUCGCUCUGGAUCACGCGAACAAAGCGAACGCCGAAGCCCAGAAGAACAUCAAGAGAUACCAGCAGCAACUGAAGGACGUGCAGACCGCCCUUGAGGAAGAGCAACGGGCGCGCGACGAGGCCAGAGAACUCCUUGGAAUCUCCGAACGUCGGGCCAACGCUCUGCAGAACGAACUCGAAGAGAGCCGCACUCUUCUCGAGCAAGCAGAUCGCGGACGUCGCCAGGCUGAACAAGAACUGGGCGAUUGCCACGAGCAGUUGAACGAACUUGGUGCUCAGAACGCCUCUAUAUCCGCUGCCAAGAGGAAACUCGAGGCUGAACUCCAGACCCUCCACUCUGACCUGGACGAACUGUUGAACGAAGCGAAGAAUUCCGAGGAGAAGGCGAAGAAAGCAAUGGUGGACGCGGCCAGGCUGGCCGACGAGCUCAGAGCCGAACAGGAUCACGCUCAGACUCAAGAGAAACUGCGCAAGGCUCUCGAGACGCAGAUCAAGGAGCUCCAGGUGCGUCUGGACGAGGCAGAGGCGAACGCCCUGAAGGGCGGCAAGAAGGCCAUUCAGAAGCUCGAGCAACGCGUACGCGAGUUGGAGAACGAGCUGGACGGAGAACAGAGGAGACACGCCGAUGCUCAGAAGAACCUCCGCAAGUCCGAACGUCGCAUCAAGGAACUGAGCUUCCAGGCUGACGAGGACCGCAAGAACCACGAGCGUAUGCAAGAUCUUGUCGACAAACUCCAGCAGAAGAUCAAGACGUACAAGAGACAAAUCGAGGAAGCCGAGGAAAUCGCUGCUCUGAAUCUUGCCAAAUUCCGUAAAGCCCAACAGGAACUCGAGGAGGCCGAGGAGAGAGCGGAUCUUGCCGAACAGGCGAUCACCAAGUUCCGCACCAAGGGACGCGGAGGAAGUGCCGCGCGCGGUCUAAGCCCAGCGCCGCAACAGAAGGCCCGCAAGGCGCCUUCCGCAAUGGAGUAAAGAACAUCAUGCCGGUCCAUCCACACCGACCUACGUUCAAACCCCAAUUGGAUGGUUCCUCAUUCCCGCCACGCUUCGACCUGCAGCCCGAUGGUGAACUGUAAAGAUCGACGCGACCAACUUAACCCGUUAGAGACUCGAUCGCAAUAGCUUGGCAAACGAAAGGAUUAAUCGCGAACGAGCGAACUUUCAUCGUGUCAUCUCGCCAAAUAACUCACCCCCAUCAUAUAUCACACAUUACACACCGACACACCGACGUACAAGUGUACACCAACGAUCUUUACUUUCAUCGACACGAGAAUGUCCACACGUGCUUGGUCACUUUGCCAGUUUCAAAAUGAGCGGAGAGAAAAAGAAAAAAAUAGAAGAAGGAUAAAAAUCACAAAGAAAUUAAACGUUUCCUCGUUUCAAACAUUGGAAUAAUAUCGAAUCGUUCGGGAACAGAUUAGGGAUACUAAACGUGGGAAGGGAUAAUUAAUCAAUUACCUUUCACCACUCGCGCUGACGGUCGAGGAAAGAGAGAGAGAGUGAACAAGUGAGAGUGAAAGAGCAAGAGAGAAAACGAGAGAAAGGAAAGAUGCGAGCGGUCGAGAUGAGAGGCGAACCAAAUACGAAAAGAAAAAAAAGAACAAUGAAGUUUCAAACAUAUACGGAUGUACGUGCACACUGGCAUACGCGCGAAUCAAGCGGACGAAAACGAUAUAUACUCGUAAUUAAGAAAAUAAAUUCAUCGCAAGAAA